UCUACGUACAAAUUUAUAUCAUACAAACUAAAUAAUCCUAGAAAAAUAUACUCUUAGAGAAGUAAGCUUACUUAAGCUAAGAUAUAUAGUUCAGUAUGACAAACCUCAGGUUGCUCGCAAUCUUUCUCAUUUUUUCCAUAGCGAAUGCACAAGGCUUGAAGCUUGGGUUUUACGAGUCUUCGUGUCCUGAGGCCGAAGAAAUUGUUCAUAGGAUGACUAAGCAAUAUGUUAGUCAUGUUCACAACUUUGCUGCUGGUUUGAUUAGAAUGAACUUCCACGACUGUGCUGUUAGGGGUUGUGAUGCUUCUGUACUCGUAGAUCCAUCUGCUUCUAACAACCAAACAGAGAAGACAGCCAUUCCCAACGAAACGCUACGAGGGUUUGAAGUUAUAGAUGCAAUCAAAUCCGCUCUAGAAAAGAAAUGUCCCGGUGUUGUUUCUUGUGCUGAUAUUUUAGCUUUGGCUUCUCGAGAUGCAAGUACAACGAUAAGCGGACCAUGGUGGGAGGUUCCAACCGGUCGAAGGGAUGGGAUAGUAUCAUUGGCUUCGGAAGCCAAUGCUCUUAUACCAUCACCAUUUUCUAAUGUUACUACCCUUAAACAAAAUUUUGCAGCUUUGGGUCUUACUGCUAAAGAUUUGGUUGUGUUAUCAGGUGCUCAUACUAUUGGAGUUGGUCACUGCUUCAUCAUCCGAAAUCGUUUGUACAAUUUCACUGGCAAUGGAGACACCGAUCCUUCAAUAUCCCCAAAGUAUGCCGAAUGGUUGAAAACUAGAUGCCCGCCCACUCCAAGCGACAUGAAAUCAUUUGUGUUUAUGGAUCGAAUUACCCCUAAGGUCUUCGACGAAAAAUACUUCACUAUGGUAACCGAAAAGAGGGGGCUCUUUACAUCAGACGCCACUCUUAUGGAUGAUCAAGAAACUAGAACUUAUAUAGAGACCCAAGUUAAGACCGCCGGAUCAACUUUUGCUAAAGAUUUCGCCGAAUCUAUGACUAAAAUGAUCAAUAUUGGUGUACUCACAGGAAGCCAAGGUGAAAUCAGGAAAACUUGUGGUUCAAUUAAUCUAUAAAUUGGUUACUUGUAUUUUUAAUGAUGUUUUCAUGCAUUGCACAACAACAUCAGAGCUUUAAUCUUAUUGGCGAGGUCAGCUACAAGAAUCGAGAAUUUUUCUUUACUUGUACUGGUCAACUAUGAUCCUCUUACUCCAUUAUUUGUUUUGUGGGUAGAGUUGUUCGUUCCUUUGAAAGAUUAUUUAAUUUCUUGUAUGUUUUGAAUUUUUUUUUAAUAAAUUGUACUUGUUAUGUUUCGUAGAGCUGUUAUUCUUUUGAUUUGUACUUGUAACAUGUUUGAAUAAGAAAAAUUAAUAGCUCCACAAGGUUAUAUGUUGAAAGAAAAUUUGUCAUAAAGGUUACAUAGUCGACAUUGUGAGAAAGUUUCUAAUAUAUAAACGUGUUAUGUGUAUCCCAUUUAAA